UAAACAGUUUUUAUCAAAACCUGAAAUAAAUUAUAAUACAUUUUUGCACGAGUCACCGUUUCAGAAAAACGGAACGCGUAGUGCUUGCAUAAAGAUGACAUCAAAUGAUAAUUGGUCUUCUUUUUUAAGUAAACGCAAAAAGCUAUCAUCUGAAAGAAAAAAUGGGUAUUGUGAAAUCUGUGAUGUUUACUAUUCUAAUUGUAGACAACACCUUAAUGGAGAUACUCAUAAAAAAAACACCACACCCAAAAAGUACAAAAGACUCGACAGUAUAAUCGCUAAUUGUUCGCAAGAAAUGUUUUUGUGUUGCUUGAAAAACAGUCCUCAACUCAUGAACUCCCAUGCCAGCAAUAAAUUAAGAGAUUGCGUUGUAAACAUUUGGGGAGUUGUAGUACCGGGAGCGUAUUGUGGGCAAUUACGAAGAAGCCAACGAAUAAUAGCAAAACAAAUGGGCUCAAUGUAUCUUCACUGUCCAGGAGUUUUAAAACUUAAAAACUAAUACUUAUG